UUGCCCUGAACUCCUGGCAGACUCUGCCCCUCUCUUCAGCCAUUAUAGAUCCAUCCAUCAAGCACUUCGACGUUGCCCAUAUCAGCACCACAGCCACCAGUAACUUCUCUGUAGCCCGGGACUUCUGCUUGCAGGAAUGCUCCCGUCACCAGGCCUGCCUUGUCACCACGCUGCAGAUCCAGCCUGGGGGUGUGAGGUGCGUGUUCUAUCCUGACACACAUAACUGCAUGCACAGCCUACGGAGCCAGACCUGCUGGCUUCUGCUCCGCGAGGAAGCUGAGUACAUCUACCGCAAGUCUGGAACCCCCCGGCUCCUGUCUGGUGUAGCAUCUGCACCUUCUGUACGCAUUGACCCCUUCGGCCAGCUUCAGGGUGGGUCCCGGGUCAUCAAGGUGGGCACUUCUUGGAAGCAGGUCUACCAGUUCCUCGGCGUUCCAUAUGCUGCCCCGCCCUUGGGAGACAAUCGCUUCGGACCACCAGAGCUCUUGAACUGGACGGGCUCCUGGGAUGCCACCAAGCCAAGGGCCAGCUGCUGGCAGCCAGGUACCCCUACCCCAACGCCUCCCCAGAUCAGUGAAGACUGCUUGUAUCUCAAUGUGUUUGUCCCCGAGGACCUGGUCUCCAAUGCAUCAGUUCUGGUGUUCUUCCACAAUACCAUGGAGAUGGAAGGCGGUGGAGGACAGCUGACCAUUGAUGGCUCCAUCCUGGCUGCAGUCGGCAACUUCAUCGUGGUCACUGCCAAUUACAGAGUGGGCGUCUUCGGCUUCCUGAGUUCAG